AUGAAGCCCUCUUCCUUCGACCACAAUGUACUGAUCGACCAAGCCACGGAUCUACCUGUCCAGAUAAACAUCGAUAUUUUCAGCGAAAUGGACCGACUGGUGGAACCCGAGGACUUCAACCGCUGGCUGCGCAACAGAACGCGCCGCUUGAAGUCAGUGGGCCUGGGAAAGCUUAUUGACAUCCACAUCCCCAGACCCGACAUGCAAAGCGAGGCGGCCACACGGUGGUUAGACUAUUCGAAGUUGGUGAGACACUAUCUGGCUGAGAAUGUCUCGGAGUCCUUGCUAGCGGAAAUCGCGUCCCAAGGAAGUUCUAUCAAGCUGGCCGACGAAUUUGUGGAACAAGCCAAAAAAAAAUUCCAAUCCCCAGGGGUCUUUGCAGACAUGGAUGGGGUGGCCACACUUUCAUCCAUCAAGUUGUCGAGCCAUAAAACACCGCAAGACUUUAUCUGGAAGUUCAAGGAACAUUUCAAGCGUCUUUGGGAACUGAAGGUUCAAAUUCCGCCUUAUUUCGCCGCCUGCAAGCUUGUGAACCAGCUUGACACGAAGGAAAAUAGCUGCAUUGUGACUGCCGCGAUUUCAGAAUUGAAUCGACGAGCAGACGAAUGCGAUCUAUGGAGUGAAUUUAAUGUUGUGGACUUCCACUUGUUUUGCUUCAAAAUCAUUCAACGCCUUGAUAAUCAGCCGAAAUAUCAGCAAGGUCGAAACUUGAACAUUCCCGAUCGUGAUGCAGUCACUAAAAUGGACCUCGAAAUUGACGGCGAAGAACUGGUGGCAUUUAAAGCAUCACUUCACAGGCAGGCGCAGAAAAGCGCCGCGGUGGAGAACGAAGCAGACGAUUCCCCUACCACAAAGCUCGCAACGAACAUCGGCCCUGAGCGGAAGCACUUUCCUCCCGACGGGGUCAAGCCAUCUGUCUACGCGCAGAAUCUACGUGAGACAUUGCCCUCGAAAGCCAGCAAGGAAUGCGCGUAUUGUGGGCAAAAGUACCACACCGCUGCAAAGUGCUUUUACCUCAAUCCAGCCACCCGUCCAAAGCUAUGGAAACCGGAUUACAACAUCUGGUGUUUUAUGAUGGGGACUAACAUGGAGACGUACCAAAAUGAAUAUCUGCUCAAAAAGAGCGGGGAAAGCUUGACUGGAGCGAAGCAACAGGGAAACACUCCGCUGAAAGCCCUUGAGAAAAACAAGAUGGGCCCGAAGACUGAUCAGAUUACCCCAAUCAAAAAGCUGGAUCAGGAUCAGCCUGGGUCAAAGCCAGAGAAGAAAACCACCUCGGAGAAGAAGACUCCGGUGAUGAAGGUGGAUCAAGGUCAGACUGGCUCAAAGCCAGAGCAGGUUCCCCCAGUGACUCCAAUGACUCCAGUGACUCCAGUGACUCCAGUGAAGAGGGGUCAAAUUCAGACUGGAGUGAAACAGGAGGUGGUGGCUCCAGUAAAAGAGCCGGCAAAGAGUGUGAUAGGAACGAAGCAGAAAGGCUCUAUUCCAGAGAAAGCGUCUAGCCAAAGCACUACAGCCAAACCUGUCACCAAAUCCGAGCCACAAUCCGCUUUUAUCGGAUCGGUAUUCGAUUCCGCAAACAACUUCACUGCGUCCAAAAAGGACUGGCUUGUCGUAAAUGGCCGAGGAAUUCAUGUUUGCGCAGACCUGUCUUCCAUGGUUGAAUAUCAUGCGUAUGGCCCCGAUGAAAUUCCCUUCCGAUGGACGUGGGUUAGACGUGGAAAACGGGUAGCAGCCGAAGCUCUUGGAAAGGGGAAAGCAAAGAUCAGUCUUCUAUGCGAGGAUCGCAGCAAAAUAAUGAACAUCUUCAUUGAUUGCUACUACUUUCCAGAAGCCCAAUUCAGCCUAUUUCUUGUUCCAAAGGCCGAGUCGGAUCUGUUUGUCAAGUACAAUGCAGCCAACAAGACCCUCGAGGAUGUAGAGAACGGCAAUAAAGUCAUUGGAUACGCAGUUGAAGAGCAUGGUUACUCAUUCCUCAGCACUUUGAAUUCGACCAUCAACGUCAACUUGAUGGACUAG